AGAAUCUCCACUACAGUAGACACCAUAAAUGUAAAUCAACACAUUAGAGAUGGCGAGACCAUCAAUUCAGCGGGUGGGACCUUUCAAUUGGGUUUCUUCAGUCCAGGUGAUUCCAAGAAUCGAUACUUGGGGAUAUGGUACAAGAAAGUGGCUCCUCAGACGGUGGUAUGGGUUGCCAAUAGAGAAAGUCCACUAACUGAUUCAUCAGGUGUUUUAAAGGUCACUCAGCAGGGAAUUCUUGUUGUGGUCAGCGGUACUAAUGGAAUUCUUUGGAAUUCUAAUUCAUCACGUUCUGCGCAGGAUCCAAACGCUCAGCUUUUGGAAUCUGGAAAUCUUGUUAUGAGAAAUGGCUAUGAUAGUGACCCAGAAAACUUCCUAUGGCAGAGUUUUGAUUAUCCAUGCGAUACUCUUCUACCAGGCAUGAAGUUUGGAAGGAACAGAGUAAUGGGCAUGGAUCGGUACCUGUCAUCAUGGACGAGUGCUGAUGACCCUUCUAAAGGUAAUUUUACUUAUGGGAUUGAUCUAAGUGGAUUUCCACAACAAUUAUUGAGGAAUGGUUUAGCUGUAGAGUUUCGUGCAGGACCAUGGAAUGGUGUUCGAUAUAGUGGAAUACCUCAAUUAACAAACAACUCAGUUUAUACAUUUAAUUUUGUUUCUAAUGAAAAGGAGAUAUAUUUUAUUUAUUCUCUAGUUAGCAGCUCUGUUAUUUUGAGGCUUGUGUUAACUCCUGAUGGUUAUUCACGAAGAUUCACAUGGACUGAUCAAAAAAAUGAAUGGACUCUUUACUCAACCACACAGAAGGAUGACUGUGACAAUUAUGCAAUAUGUGGAGUAUAUGGAAUCUGUAAGAUUGAUGAAUCUCCAAAAUGUGAGUGUAUGAAGGGAUUUAGGCCAAAGUUCCAAAGCAAUUGGGACAUGGCAGACUGGUCAAAGGGAUGCGUUCGAAGUACUCCGCUGGAUUGUCAAAAGGGUGAUGGAUUUGUAAAGUACUCUGGUGUGAAACUGCCAGACACGCGGAACUCCUGGUUUGAUGAAAGCAUGAACCUUAAGGAAUGUGCUUCCUUGUGCUUGAGGAACUGCUCUUGCACUGCUUAUGCAAAUUCAGAUAUCAGAGGAGGAGGAAGUGGAUGCUUGCUCUGGUUUGAUGACUUGAUUGACAUCAGAGACUUCACUCAAAAUGGGCAAGAGUUUUAUGCAAGGAUGGCUGCAUCAGAAUCAGAAGCUUCUUCAAGCAUAAAUAGUAGCUCCAAGAAGAAGAAAAAGCAGAGGAAGAAGCAGCUAAAGAAAAAAGAAUACAUGGAUCAUAAAUCAAAAGAAGGUGAAAACAAUAAAGGCCAAGAGCAUCUAGAUUUACCAUUAUUUGACUUGGAUACAUUAUUGAAUGCCACCAAUAACUUUUCUAGAGACAAUAAACUUGGAGAGGGUGGUUUUGAACCUGUCUAUAAGUUUCAGGGAAUAUUGCAAGAAGGACAAGAAAUAGCAGUAAAGAUGAUGUCAAAAACUUCUAGACAAGGAUUAAAAGAGUUCAAAAAUGAAGUUGAAUCCAUUACAAAACUUCAGCACCGAAAUCUUGUAAAGCUUCUUGGAUGUUGCAUUCAUGGCAGAGAAAGAUUGUUGAUUUAUGAAUACAUGCCCAACAAAAGCUUGGACUUGUACAUUUUUGAUCACAUGCGAAGCAGGGUACUAGAUUGGCCUAAGCGCUUCCUCAUUAUCAAUGGGAUUGCUCGAGGCCUUCUUUAUCUUCAUCAAGAUUCUAGACUCAGGAUAAUCCAUAGAGAUCUCAAAGCAGAAAACAUUUUACUAGAUAAUGAAAUGAGCCCCAAAAUUUCAGACUUCGGAAUAGCAAGAAGUUUUGGAGGAAAUGAAAUUGAAGCAAACACAACAAGAGUGGCUGGAACAUUAGGUUAUAUGUCUCCAGAGUAUGCAAGUGAAGGAUUGUAUUCCACAAAAUCCGAUGUUUUUAGCUUUGGUGUUUUGUUGCUAAAGAUUGUAAGUGGGAAGAGAAACAGAGGAUUUAGCCACCCAGGCCAUGACCUUAAUCUUCUUGGGCAUGCAUGGACACUCUAUAUAGAAGGUGGGUCUUUAGAAUUUAUUGAUACAUCAAAAGUGAACACCUGCAAUCUAUUUGAAGUGCUACGUUCAAUCAACGUGGGCCUAUUAUGCAUACAACGUUUCCCGGAUGAUCGACCAAGCAUGCACUCUGUGAUUUUGAUGUUGGGUAGUGAGGGGGCACUACCUCGGCCCAAAGAGCCUUGUUUCUUCACUGAUAGGAAUAUGAUGGAUGCAAAUUCUUUCUCUGGUAUUCAACCCACCAUCACAUUGUUGGAAGCUCGAUAGAAGAUGCUUCAUGUUGAUGUUUUGUUGUCGUUAGACCUAUGACAAUAUAAGCUUAAGUUUCAACUACAUUUGGCAACUUUUUCGCAAUCAUACUGCUUAGCUUCUAACAAAAGACUCAUCUAAGAUGUUAUCUGGUGAUCAG